UUUCUCAUCAAAUAUUUCAAUAUUUUCACAAAAUUUACAAUGAUAUUUUAAGCACGAGUAUGAAAAGAAUUCCAAAGAGAUAAUUAUUUUUGUCUACAAAAUCAUACAAGUUCUCACAUAAUUCUUUUCAUGACUCCAACACAUCUCUUGAUCAUCAACAGAAAUUUGCAGACUUCAUAUAUACAUGUAUAUUUUUGGAAGAAAAAGAUGAAUCCGCCAUUAAUACUCAUCAUCAUCAACACCUUACUAUGCCUAACACCAACCACAGCUGCAGAAGCAUCGCUCUCCAAAAAUGGGUGCCAACAAAAAUGCGGAGACGUAACCAUCCCUUACCCCUUCGGCAUCGGCCCCAACUGCAGCUUCAACACCUCGUACGCAGUCGAAUGCGGCAGCCAAUCAAAACCGUUCUUGAAAUCCACCGGUUUGGAAGCCUUCGACUUCUCAUUGUCCGACAACACAGUUCGAGUGAUGCAGAGAGUCACCCCUCUCAACUGCUCCUCAAAGAGCGGCCAAUUUCAGCUCGGCCAAUCGCUGCUCGGCUCCCCCUUCACCUUGGGCGCCUCCAUCAAUCGCGCCGUCGUGGUCGGCUGCAGAAGCGAGGUCUCCCUGGUGGGCCCCGCCUCCGCCGCCUCCUCCGGCGGAUGCCGGCCCACCUGCGGAGCCGCCGCCGCCGCCGGCUGCUUCGGCAUCAACUGCUGCUCCGUCAUCGUGCCGGAGAUGUCUCAGCGCGUCGAGGCCGCCUACGCCGUAACACAAGACGGCGGCGGUGGUGAUGAUUCCGUUUGUGGGUAUGCUUUUCUUGCGGAUUACAAGUGGCUGUCGCGCGAGUACGAGGAUUACGUCAACUUCUCGACUCCGGCGGCGGAGAUGACGGCGCUGAGGUGGGUGCCGGCGACGUUGGAGUGGAGAUUCGACGUGGAUGUAGGGAAUCUGCGCGGGGUUGCGUGCGAGAAUCGAAGCGUGGAGGCGCAC